GCAUCUCCUUGCUAUAGCAUCCCUGUUAAAUGAAGCUGCAGGAGCUCAAACUGCCUCAAAUGUUGGUUUAUGGCUAUGCCAGGAAGUACCAAGAUGUGGCGACAGGAUCUACAACCCCUCGCAAGAAUGUUGUGUGGAUGAUGCCAUCCUCUCCUUUAAUCAGACCCGCAAAUGUGGCAGCAGCGACUGUCCCUACUGGCCCUGCUUUGAGCUCUGCUGUCCUGAAUCCUUUAGUCUCCAGAAGAAAUUUAUUAUCAAGCUGAAACUUCAGGGGGAGAGAUCCCAUUGCAGUUCAUCUCCUAUCUCUGGGGACUGUGCUAGGUAA